AGUUACAAAGCAGCGUCAGCUUGAAAGGGGCGGAGGAGGGAGAGAUGGAGGAAGAAAGGAAGGAAAAAAGGAAGGAAAGGAGGCUGCAGGUUGAGCCGGAAUGAUGCUCCCCAUUGAAGCCCUGUAAAUGACAAGGGAACAGGCUUCACCUGCCCAGGCAGCCCAGCUAGACAGCAACAUUGGCAGUGUUGGUUAUGAUGGACAUUCCCUCAUCUCCCAUGAGCAAGCUUGAUUUCUUGAGAAGCCAUACACCUACAAAUGGCUUUGAGGAAUGCAAACUGUCUAAAUCCCUUGAGGGCUGGAGCGAUGGUGAGGGCAAUCUGGACUCAUGUGCAACCUCUCCAGACUCAUGCACUUCCCAAGGCAAGAUUGUUACCAUGGUCAGCAGUGAAACUAAGAGGGAGGCAGAGUUGUAGCUGUUCUGGCUGUCUUGCCAUAAAACUCAGAGAUGUAAGACACAGGGCAUUAUGAGCCAGAAGGUAGAGGAGUCCAUGGCUAGCAUUGGAGAAGUUGGGCGUCCUCACAGGAAGCAUCUACAGCUUCAGGAUGCACACAAGAAGAAGGUACCUGAGGAGAAUGGGCAAGAAGCAGACCAGGCACUUAAUGCGAAAAUUAUCUAUUCAGGUGACAUUGUGCAAUUGAUAAAUGAACGUGGGGUGUAUUCUUCAGCUAAGUUGAUGCCUGCCCCCGAAAUAGCACUCUCGCCAUGCCCAGUAGGGCAGCAUCUGGAACACAGUCACAGAGAUGGGGAAGACCUUGAGAUCCGGGAAGUGGUUGUGGAUGAGAAGCCAUUUCAGUGUGCCAUCUGCUCCAAGGCUUUCAAGCGGGCCUGGGAACUGUUCAGUCACGAAGUGGUGCACAAUGAAGAACAGCCAUUUUGCUGCCAUCUGUGCCAGGAUUUUUGUUGAUUUGGAUUUCUCCUGGUCCCUGCAUUUCCUGACAGAAGUCACUUAUUCCCAGGAGAUGGCUGUACAGUACGUCCAAUAUAAGGGGAUAAAGUUUCCCCCUGGAUACAAUUCUGUGGACAGCCUUUACUUUGCUGAGAAUGAAUUUCAAGUACGAGAUGAUGACAUCUUCAACAUCACUUACCCUAAGUCUGGGACGGUAUGGAUGAUUGAGAUUCUGAGCUUGAUCCUCAAUGAUGGCAACCCAACUUGGAAUCAAGGUAUCCUCAAUUCCCUUCGUGCCCCUUGGUUCACCACUCAGCUGGGUCUGGAGACAGCGCACAACCUUCCAUCUCCUCGUCUUCUUACCUGCCAUCUUCCCAUACAGAUCUUUCCCAAAGCCUUCUUCAGCUCCAAAUCGAAGGUGGUAUACACAUUGAGGGACCCGCGGGAUGUGCUAGUUUCCUACUAUCAUUUCUCCAAGAUGUGCAUCCCCUUUGGAGAUCCCAAGUCUUUUAACCAUUUCCUGGACAGAUUUUUGAAAGGGGAUGUGCCUUUUGGAUCCUGGUUUGACCACAUCCGUGGGUGGAUGAAGCUGAAGGGCAAGAGUAACAUCUUCUUCAUCAGCUAUGAACAGCUGCAAGAGGACCUCUAUGGCAGCAUCAAGGAUCUCUCAAUUUUUCUAGGAAAGGAGCUGGAUGAGGCAGCCAUCACCUCCAUAGUGGAACAUGCCUCUUUUGAAGCCAUGAGGAAGAACAACAUGUGUAACUCAACAAUGCUUCCCAAGGAGGUUAUGGAUCAAGAGAAGGGGAGCUUCCUGAGGAAGGGAAUCUGUGGAGACUGGAAGACUCAUUUCACCAUGGCACAAUCUGAAUACUUUAACCGGGUUUACCAGGAGAAGAUGCGGGGCCUGAAGGAAACCUUUCCAUGGGAACCUACUGGAGAUCAAUUUAAACAAAGGACUUACUUUCUGAACUGAAAAACAUUGGCACAGCUCAUAACUGCAUUGAAAUGAUAUCCUAUUAAUGAGGCCUAUGGCUAGAAGUCAGAAAAGGGAAUUUUUGUACAUGCGCAGUGUUGAAUAAAAAGGUAAAGCUUUUCCUCUCA